CGAAUCCACUGGAAAAAUCAUCUGCACGACAUAAUUAUUGGGGACAAUGAACAACGGCUUUAGUACGGAAGAGGAUUCGAGAGGGGGGCAUGCCGACCAAACAUGUUGUUUGAUAGAUGAGAACGAGAGAUGCAGAAAUCCAGCUGGAAACGCUAGCUACAGUAAACGUAUACAAAAGACCGUGAAAGACAAACGUCUUAAAUUGAGUAGCGAUCCAACAUCCCAGCACAUUUACAUAUGCGACUACCACAAAGACCGAAUUCAAUCGGCCCGUUCCAAAAGACGACGAAAAGAAUCUGAAGAUGACAGUAAUGAUACAGACAUUGACCUACCAGAAGUGCCAGAUCUUUAUCAGCUGCAAGUGAAUACAUUAAGGCGAUACAAGAGACAUUACAAAUUGCAAACACGACCCGGAAUGAAAAGAGCGCAGUUAGCAGAUACAAUUAUGAAACACUUCAAAACGAUAAAUGUUAAAGAAAAGGAAAUUAUUACAUACUUCGUGUACAUGGUGAAAUCAAAUUCCAACAAAUUAGACCUUAAAAAUGGCAUUAGUAAUGACACCACUUGAAUGGACAGACGAAAUCAGGCGUACAUUUAGUGUGCUGGUGCUCCAUUCGCAUUAAAUCUAAAAUUAAUUCUAUUAGCUGUAGAUUUUAAGCAAUUGUUACCGUUUAAGUCACUCACAUUUGUGUAAUAUUUUUUUUAACAA